CACAUAGACACGUCUUUUCUUGGUUGCUGCUUAGCUCCGUAUACAAGUAUAUGCUUCAAUGCAACGCAAACAUUGGUACUUUUGGCCCAUCUGAGGCUCCGUAGAGGCGGAAGUAGCGUGUCACAACCAUUAGAGCCCCGGCGUGACUUUCACCGGGUUGUCAGAGGGGUUGUGUAAAGAAGGAGGAAUACGACCACCCGGUGCUCGACCAGGCAGUUGUCAAAAUGAGACUAUUAACAGCGGGGUUGUGUUUGGCAAAAACGCAUCUUCUGGCUCCAGGAAGCGUCACUCUUAAAAAGGUGCUCAUCAACAGCUGUCGGACAUGCGCCUCUGGUGUAUUUCCCAACGAGAGGAUCCGCAACAUCGGGAUCUCAGCUCACAUCGACUCGGGGAAGACCACCCUGACCGAGCGUGUCCUCUUUUACACCGGCAAAAUAGCACACAUUCACGAGGUGAAGGGGAAGGACGGUGUUGGAGCCACCAUGGACUCUAUGGAGCUGGAGAGACAGAGAGGCAUCACCAUCCAGUCCGCUGCGACAUACACCGUGUGGAAGGAUCACAACAUAAACAUCAUUGACACACCAGGUCACGUGGACUUUACCAUCGAAGUGGAGCGAGCGCUGCGGGUGCUGGACGGAGCCGUGCUGGUCCUGUGUGCGGUGGGGGGCGUCCAGUGUCAGACCCUGACAGUGAACAGACAGAUGAAGCGCUACAACGUCCCCUUCCUCACCUUCAUCAACAAGCUGGACCGCAUGGGCGCCAACCCCAGCCGAGCCCUGCAACAGUUGAGAACCAAGCUGAACCACAACGCAGCCUUUGUGAGCAUCCCCAUCGGCCUGGAGGGGAACGUACGCGGGAUCAUCGACCUUGUUGAGGAGCGGAGCAUGUAUUUCGAUGGACCUUUUGGUCAAACCAUCCGCUACGAUGAAAUCCCGGCAGAUUUCCGUGCUGAGGCUGCAGACCGGAGGCAGGAGCUGGUCGAGUGUGUGGCUAACGCUGAUGAACUCUUGGGAGAGAUGUUCUUGGAGGAAAAGAUUCCAACCAAUGCUGACUUGAAGGCUGCAAUCCGCAGGGCCACAGUGCAGCGUCUCUUCUCACCGGUGUUGGUGGGCACCGCGUUGAAGAACAAGGGCGUCCAGCCUCUACUGGACGCUGUCCUGGAUUACAUGCCAAACCCCACUGAAGUCAAAAACUAUGCUAUACUCAAUGAUGAAGUUGUCAGCGAAACAUCAAAGAUUCAAAUGGACCCAACAAGAGACUCUGUAAAUCCGUUUGUUGGUCUGGCCUUCAAACUGGAGGCGGGGCGGUUUGGCCAGCUGACGUAUGUGCGGGUGUACCAGGGCUGUCUGAAGAAGGGCGAGUACAUCUACAACACACGCACCAGCAAGAAAGUCAGAGUUCAGAGACUUGUGUGUCUCCACGCUGACCAGAUGGAGGAUGUGGAUGAGGUUUAUGCAGGAGAUAUUUGUGCUCUGUUUGGGAUUGACUGUGCCAGCGGAGACACUUUUACAUCCAGGACCAGCGCCAACCUCUCCAUGGAGUCAAUUCACAUCCCAGAGCCUGUCAUUUCCAUGUCAAUAAAGCCAGCCAACAAGAUUGACUUGGAUAAAUUCUCCAAAGGUAUUAACCGGUUCACCAGGGAAGACCCAACUUUUAGAGUGCAUUUUGACACUGAAAGCAAAGAAACCAUCAUCUCUGGAAUGGGAGAGCUGCAUCUUGAGAUCUACUCACAGAGGAUGGAGAGGGAAUACAACUGUCCCUGUGUGAUGGGAAAGCCCAAAGUAGCAUUCAGAGAGACGAUCACCAGCCCUGUAGGGUUUGACUUCACUCACAAGAAGCAGAGCGGCGGCUCGGGGCAGUACGGUAAAGUUAUCGGAGUCCUGGAGCCUCUUGAGCCAGAGCAUCACACCAAGCUGGAGUUUGAAGACCAGACUGUCGGAACCAACAUCCCGAAGCAGUUUGUACCAGCUGUGGAAAAGGGCUUCAGGGAGGCCUGUGAGAAGGGGCCCCUGAGCGGGCACAAGAUCUCAGGAGUCAGGUUCCUCCUGGAAGAUGGAGCGAAUCACAUGGUGGACUCCAAUGAGAUCUCCUUCAUCCGUGCAGGAGAGGGCGCUCUAAAACAAGCUAUGGAAAAAGCCAACACGGCCAUCCUAGAGCCCAUCAUGUCUGUGGAAAUCGUAGCACCGCAGGAGUUUCAGGGGACAGUCAUUGCUGGUGUGAACCGGCGGCACGGUGUCAUCUCGGGACAGGACGGAGCCGAGGGAUACUUCACUCUGUACGCUGAUGUUCCACUAAACGAUAUGUUGGUUACUCCACAGAACUACGCUCUUGUACUGAAGGAAAAGGCGAGUACACCAUGGAGUUCAGCAGAUACCAGCCCUGCCUGUCAGCCUCAAAGGAGGAACUCAUCAACAAAUACUUGGAGGCAACAGGACAGCUGCCUGCGAAGAAGAAGUGGAAGAGCUGAAAACUGUCAGAUGGAUCUAAAUGUCGGUUACAGGAGUCCAGGUGUCUCCGUCAUCAGUGCUGCAGAUGUAGCAGAGGCGGGUCAGGUUCUUCCCCGUCGCCAGCUGAUAGGACUCCGAGGUGUGGCCGAGGACAGCGAUGAAGAACAAGAAGAGAGUGUCUGUGAACUCAUCAUACACCGGGCACGGGUUCAUGGAGCGGUGGCCUGGCAGAAAGGCAGCGCCCAGGACGCGCAUGUCCUCCCACUGCAGCAAGACAAGGAAGAAGGAAAGGAGAUUAGAAAUGACAAAUCUAAAAGGGCACUACAAAGUCCAGACAACACUGACCUCCACAUAGUUCCUGUAGAAAAUGCCUCUCCUCAUGACCAGCAGGUGAGCCUGAGAGUCGGACGGGCUGAGUCUCUCCUCACAGAAGGCCAGGAAGGACCUGGAGCGGGACAGGAACAGCAGCGCUGGGACUCUGUACGUCACUCCGUUGGGCUCCUUGUGAAAAAGCACCGACCUCGCUGGGAAAUAGGGCGACCUCAUACUCUCCAGUGUGUGUAUGUUUCAAGCUUGGAGAUAUUUAGGCUAUGCCCUGUAAAAAGGGGAUAAUUUGUCCUGACUCCCUUUCAAGCAGCAUUUCCCUCAAACCAGCAUCAAUUUCCACUGCUUACAUGUUUGAAAUCAGUGAUAGAGGAAAGUAGAUUAUGGUUAGAGC